AUGAAAGACGCAGGUUCGAUGUCGACAAUCGCAGUGAAUACCGUUCCCGGCCCAGAUUUCGCAUUGUCUCUCCCCUCUGCCGAUAAGUCGAAUCCAGCGCAACCUCCGCCAGCCGACCAUGAACCGCCUGCCGCCAACUCAUCGUCCACAUCGGGUUCUCAGAACAAACUAGCCACAUCCUCCUCACAACCAAAGAAGAAACGCUCGCUUUUACUUGUUCCAUCCAGGACUUCUUCCAGGGGCAGCAAAAAUCAAUCUUCAGAAAUGACGACCGACACCGUGCAAGACGAGACGGUAGCAAACUCGCGCACCAAUCUUACCAAAAGACGUAGGGAUCCCAGCGAGUCAAGUAGCAGGCGGUCGCAUCGGAAUGAACAAGACAAGAAUCAAAGUACACGAAAGGAUCAAACUGAGGAGUCCAAUCAUGCCAGAAGCGAACGAAAGCCCAAAUCACAAUCGAGGUUCUUUUCCAUCCUGAAUUGCUGCAGCUCUUCGGUGUCAGAUAAUGAAAAUGAUGGACCGGACCUUCCCGCGAAGAAAGCCGAGCCCAGGCAGCCGCUGUCUUUGCGACAACCGGUGGAAAAGCCCGUCUCAACUGGAACGCAAUCGACACCUACAGAGUCGAAAGAGCAGGAACCUCUUGACGAAAAGACGGGAGAAUACGCGGGUACGCAGCCGGUAGAAGAGACCGCUGUUUCGACACAACCAGCAACGCUGCCAUCUAGUUCGGAACCGACACGAGAAGCUUCUGCAUCGCGACAGGAGCCCACUUACCAAUACGGUGUGGUGCCAGACAUGGUUCCGUCAUUGGACAGCAAGGACGUGAAUGAGGAGGCUAUUGAAGAGGAACCCGAAAAUGAGGCGGUAGAGGAAUUACGUGAAUCGAAUGACAUUGCCAUACCUGAGGCCCCUAUCAUUGCAGAGACAGAAGAGGAACGCAAGACGGAGACGCACGAGGUUGUCGUCGCUCAACCACCCGCGCCAGAUGUCAUUCUCCCAGGACCUCCUCCAACCCCGGGAAAACAAAGCGCGUGGUUGCUUCCUCCGCCUCUGCCGCAUUUACGGGGGCGGAAAUGUUUAGUCCUUGAUCUGGACGAAACACUUGUGCACAGUAGCUUCAAGGUCCUUGAGCGAGCCGACUUUACGAUUCCAGUAGAGAUUGAAGGCCAGUGGCACAACAUCUAUGUUAUUAAACGGCCAGGUGUCGACCAAUUCAUGAAACGAGUGGGUGAGCUUUAUGAGGUUGUCGUCUUUACAGCAUCAGUUUCGAAGUACGGUGAUCCUCUACUCGACCAGCUCGACAUUCACAACGUUGUCCAUCACCGUUUGUUCAGAGACAGCUGCUACAACCACCAGGGAAAUUAUGUCAAGGACUUGUCACAAGUUGGUCGCGACCUUCGAGAAACAAUCAUCAUCGACAACUCACCCACCUCGUAUAUAUUCCACCCCCAACACGCCAUACCUAUAAGCAGCUGGUUUUCAGACGCCCACGAUAACGAAUUGCUCGACCUCAUCCCAGUUCUAGAAGAUCUUGCGGGUGCUCAGGUACAAGACGUCAGUCUUGUGCUCGAUGUCGCAUUAUAA